AUUAUCAGUGCUGAUGCAAAGGAGAAGAGAACAAAAACACUGAGAAGAAUAAGAAGGGAAUGGAUCCUUCCUCCUGCCAAGCUGAUGGAGAACACCAAUUACACCCAUUUGGAAUUCAUUGCAAAGAUUCGCUCUGACCAAGACAAAGAUAAAAAGGUGGAAUAUCAUUUGACAGGUGCAGGAGCCAGUGAACCACCUUACAACCUGUUUGUGGUGGACCACAAUACUGGAUUUAUACGCAUCACUGGUGUUCUGGACAGGGAAAAAUACCCAUCCUACAAUCUAACAGGCAUAGCUAGAUUAAAGAGUGGGGAAGAGGCAGAGGCAAACAUUCCAUUGACUGUGACUGUACUGGACCAAAACGACAAUGCUCCUUAUUUUAUCCUGCAUGAAGGCAACGUCACAGAGGAGAGCAAAAAAGGAACAUUUGUUAUGCAAAUCGAAGGUAAAGAUGAUGAUCAGGCUGAAACAAUAAAUUCGGAGAUUGCCUACAGCAUUGUCAGUCAAGAACCAGCUGGCAAAGGACACAUGUUCACUAUAGACAAAAAGACAGGAAAAUUAUAUGUCAAAGAGCCUACGCUGGACAGAGAGACACAUGACUUCUACAAGCUUGUUAUUAAAGGAACUGAUUUGGGAGGUGCACCGGGAGGAAAAACAGGGACAGGAACUGUUGAGAUUCGUGUCCUGGAUAUCAAUGAUAACAUCCCCACUCUAAGUGAAUCUGAGUAUUCUGGCUCAGUGGAUGAAAAUGUUGCUGAUGUAGUUGUGAUGAGAAUCAAGGCUCUGGACAAUGACCUUGCACACACAGACAACUGGCUGACUGUGUUCAAAAUUGCCAAAGGGAAUGAGGGUAACCUGUUUUCAAUUGAGACAGACAAACAAACCAACGAAGGCAUUCUGAAGCUGAUCAAGCCGGUGGAUUUUGAGGAAGUACAGAAUCUCGAGCUGGGCCUAAUCAUUGAAAAUGUAGCUCCUUUUGUAACCGGUGACGCUGUACAUAUGGACGUGGAUGUCCAAGUUGGAGAAGGGGGUCCUCUGGGUACUGGAGCAGGGACUGGAGUUGGAGCUGGAGCCGGAGCCGGAGCCGGAGUUGGAGCUGGAGCUGGUGUUGGACUUGGUGUAGAUGUAGGAGCAGAUGUGGGGCUAGACCUGGGCUUGGAUGCGGAUCUGAAUUUAGAUAUAGAUCUGGGGCUGAAAGCUGACCUAGAAGGAGAACUGGAUGCAGGACUGGACGCAGGCCUUAAACCACAGGCAGGAGCUGGACUUAAGCCGGGUAUUGGACCUGGAGUGGGUGUGGGCCUUAAGCCUGGCAUUCGGCCAGGACCAGGACACAAGCCUAAAACAAAUGGACCAGGGAAAAGCUAUCCCAUAAAAAUAUCUGUAAAUAAUGUGCCAGAGGGUGCUGCAUUUAUACCUGACAUCAAGAAAGUACCUGUAUCCGAGGAUGCAAAUGAGGCACCAAAAAAUGGUGUGAUCACCGUAUUUCCAGCUGUUGAUCCAGAUACAGGAAAACCGGCUGAGGAUGUCAGCUAUGCCAAAGCUCAUGACCCAGACAACUGGUUUACUGUUGAUGAAGACACAGCUGAGAUUAAACUCAACAAGCUACCAGACAGAGAGUCACCCUUCUUAGUAAACGGUACCUAUAUUGCCAAAAUCUUGGCAAUAUCCAAAGACAUGCCAGCAAAGACAGCCACAGGAACAAUAGCCAUUCAAGUCACUGACUCCAAUGACCACUGUCCCACUUUGACCACCGCUUACACCAGUCUAUGCUCUGACAAAAAGACUGUGUACGUCACUGGCUUUGAUGAAGAUAUCAGUCCAAAUGCUGCUCCAUUCACUUUUCAAAUCAUACCUGAAGGUACUCAAGGCAAAUGGGAUAUAAAAGUCAUUAAUGAAACAACAGCUGCUCUUCAUGCUCAAGAGGCAUUGUGGCCUGGGACAUAUGAGCUGCAAGUAGAGGUAAAGGAUGCUCAGGGUCUGUCCUGCCAGGAGAAUGAGGUGCUUACUGUGGAAGUCUGUACCUGUGUGGGAAAAGAAGACUGCAGACUAAAACCCACCAGAAAAGAGGCCACUUCAACUGACUUCGCCACACAUGCCAUAGGCCCACUAAUAACAGCUAUUUGCUUAUUGCUAUUGAUCCCUCUGUUGCUGGUGUUCUGUCAAUGUGGAGGAGCAAACACCAUCUUCUUAGACCAAUUUAGUGAUCUCCCAUUUGAAACCAAAGAACAUCUAAUAAAGUAUCAAACUGAAGGCAUAGGAGAGGAUAAGGAUAUUCCUGUUCAUUUGAUGCCUGUGAAGUGUUGCGUCCAGCAGAAAACUGAAGCAUUACCAGUGCCAAAUUUCAACACUACCACGUCAGCACUAACAGAAACACAUCAGACCCGAACCUUCAAUGAAUCAGGACAAAUAUUUCACCAUACCUCCCAAAAAAUUGCAGACACUGACAACUCCUACAGGUUUCCAACUGAGUUAUAUAAUCAGAGCAAUAUUGACACAUUUAGCCAUAAAAUGCAAAGCAUUCAACAAACACUAGGGCUUUUUGAGGAAAUUACCCUUCCUGAUGAUCUACUCAAUAAUUAUUUCUCUCAGAAAUCGGCAUUUGCAGUACCAGUGGAAGACAGCCUGUUGGAAUAUAACUUUGAGGGUGAAGGUUCCUCUGCUGGUUCAGUAGGCAGCUGCAGUCUCUUGGAGCCUGACAAUGACCUUGAUUUUCUCGCUGACCUGGGAGCAAAGUUCAGGACUCUUGCUGACAUUUGUUCCCCUCUCACAUCACCCUCAAAAACCCUGGUGACCCAAAAAGCAGCAGAAUCUGUCAAAACCAAGGCUGAUAGAACUGAGCCCGUCUUUAAACCUAUAUUUGAGCAUGACAUCCAGACAAAGCAUAUUAAUGUAGAAAAUGAAAAAGUAGUAUCAUCUGCAAAGGUCAGUCAGUCUUCUGUCUGUACAGUGACCAAAGAGUCAACAACCACAACUCUCCCUCACUCCAGUACUACUAGUCUUAGUCAAUCUACUAAACUACCUUAUCCAGCUCAGGCAGUUGUAUUACAGCAGCCACCCGUUUACUACACCACUAGCCCUGUGCUACAACCAAUGCAUUAUAUAGUUCAACCAAAUGUUCAGAACACAUUUGUGUUGGAGGAUGGAAAACAUGGAAACAAUUUUCCAGGCCUCUAUGUGAUCAACGACCCAGAGAGUCUGCCAGGAUUUGUUUUUGGAAGAACCCAAAGCUCCCUUUCAGGGCUAGUUAUCCAGGACACCAAGUGCCCUAAAAGUCCUACUAGUCCGACAAGUUCACUGAGAGCCACUGUGUUGCUACCUAGUCCAACUGUGUCUGAGGCCUCUGAAAAAGGCUCAAUAUUAUGGGGGCAAACUCCUGGUGGUAAUUAUGUUUUACUCAGGGAUGAGGUAAUGGGGUUGGACCCAGGUUCACCUCAAGGCAUUUUGCCUAGAGAUGCUAUCCUGGUAAAAAGGGCUGCUCCCCCUCAGGGGGCUUUAAGCUUGGCAGCCCAGAAAAAUCUGUGUAUUUGUUUGUUUGGUAAUCUUUUAGUUAAUGAGGUUAAUGGUGAUGGUGUUGUUGCAUUAAAAUGGCAUUUAGUACACAUUCCUUUUCAAUGUAUAGGGGGAAUAAGCUUGGGGUCUUUCAGUGUGUUGAAAUCUCUCAAUAAGCAGCCAAGAAAGUCAACGGGUUAUAUGCAGGCAGUGACACUAAACGACAGACAAACAAAAAUGUUGUUACGUAAAGAAAGAGUUAAUAAACUUAAUAGUAUGUUCCAAAAAGUUAUCAGCUUAAAAUACACUUCACACCGCUAUCAUCUACAAGAGCUGUCAGCAGAAGUAGAAAGCAAUGGCCCUGUUUUUGAUGGUAACAGUGAUUCUAAUAAGAGAAAGACUGCUAAAAUAGUUAAAGAAAUUAAUAAAAAGACAUUUCUAGAAAGCAACAAUCUUCCUAAAGCAAUCAUUAAAAUUAUUUGCAGUAUACGCAGACUAGAUUCAAAAACUCAAGCAUUAGGAAUGUCUUUAUUUAAAAUGCCCAGUAGAAGCAUCCACCUGGACUUGGUGUUCUUUUUAUUUUUUCUAAUUAUAAGUUGUAAGGUAAACAAAAAUAUUUUAAGAUUAUGUUUGAUGAACCUACUAUAUUUCUGAACCCAGAAUGGUGGUGGCAAUUUCGAGCUGUAGAUGCUUAUCUGCUGUAAGGGAUUUUUGAGAAUGAAUGUUUUCUCUUCAGAAUGUAAAUGAGCAUACUGAUCUGUCUGAAGCAACACUAAUGAUUUCAAUAUCUAAGUGUAUUUUGACACUGUAUUCAAGAUUUGUAAUCAGUUUCAAAUCAGUUUACAGUACCCUAAACUAAAGUAAAACAUCUAACCAAGUACUUCUUGAGGAACCAAUCUUUACUUAAUCAAUACCUGACCAUUACCAAUCCUUGCCCAUUCAGUCUGACUAUUAUUCAGUAUUAACCAAUACCUUUUUGCUCUCUUAAUAAAAUACAUCAUUAACCAUAAUAUACAAUAUCUAUGAUAUAAUACUGGUUAACAAGGUUUGGCUGUGUGAUCACAAGUAAGUACUGUUUAACUACCCAUUAGCUCCUGAUUUGUCCCUCUGUGGUUUUCUUCAUAGCUACCCAUUAGUUCCUGAUUAGUUUGUCUUUGUUUCCCAGAUAGUAACCAGUAGUCCCCUACUAAGGCUGGGCUAUGUGUUCCCCAGUAUGUACUGGUUAACUACCCAUUAGUACAUGAUUAGCUUCCAGGGUGUUCCCUUGUAGUUAAUCAAAUUUUGUGUAUUGUAUUGUAAAAUGUUACCAGUGUCAUAUCAUAAUCAUGACACAUUUAUUUAGUAUUGUCUUAUGUACAGUGGCCAGGGAUUAUUGCCUUUUUUUUUAGAACCACCCUGCUACCCAAAGAUAUAUGCAUUUUUAACAGUUUUUUAAGAGACUCUGGAAUGCAUAUAUUAUUGUGUUGAUUGCACGUACAUAUACCCUGGGGUAGGUUUUAUUUCCGUCAAUCAAGUAGAUGGGGUAUUUGAGCUCUGGAGUCUCUGAUAAAGUUGUUUUGAGUCCCUAAACACAUUUUAUUCAUGUCAUUCAUGUCAUUAAGGCAGAAAAUUCUGUUUGUGAGGAGUAAUUUGACAUUUAGAUAGUCACCUGAAGUCAUUUAGUGAACAGAAAAUCUGACUAUGUACAUGAUAGUAUGGUCAUUUAUAAUUUACAAGUGAUAGAAUGAUGACUGUGUAACAUUUCUAUCAAAGCCAAAUAGAUUUUUUGAAUAAACCAUUAUUUUCCA